CCCUCGUAACAAAUUUUCCAUGCAAUUGUCAAAAUCUUAAAGAACAAUGCCUAGAAGAAAGAAACAGAAUCAUGAAAACGGCAGUCAAAAAGUUCAGAGAGCCAACAUUGAAUGUGAGACAUGUGGACAAACAUUUCCCAGUAUAAGAAAACUUAAUGAACACAUCAGUGAUGUUCAUAAUGAUGAUUUCACUGAAGCCAACUCCUUCAAAUGUACAGCUUGUAGUGAGUCUUUUAAAUCUAAAAAUGAACUUAGAAAACAUAACGGUGUCCAUCUCAAGAGGGAGACAUGCAAGUGGUGCCACAAAGAGGUAGCAUUUAUUUACAGUCACAAGAGGAAGUGUAAAAAUUAUCUUCAAUCGAAUGAGGUCAAUCAUUGUCAGAAGUGUAAUAGAGUUUUCAAAUCACCAAAUGCGCUGAAAACACAUAUAAAGAAUUGCAGUACAAAAUGUCUUGUUUGUGACAAGGUGUUUUCUACCACAGAAACACUUAAACGACAUUUAGCCGUUCAUGACCCAGACGGUGCAAAGUUUGAAUGUAAACAAUGUGACAAGAAAUACUAUGUCCGCUGGGAAUUAGAGGACCACCUGCAUACACAUUUGCCAGAAGCUGAAUGCCCUGACUGUCAUACAAUGGUUCCAGGUGGGUAUCAUCCAAAAUCCUGUAAAGUCAGAAAAGAACAGCGGAAAAAGCUCAGCCACGCAUGUCCAGAAUGUGGCCUGGUAAUCAAGGGCUCCAGGUAUCAUUUGCAGCGUCAUGUUGAAAGCAUACAUGAAGGAGUGAAGCGACCAGGAAAAAAUGAAGCGCAUUAUGAAUGUUCCGAAUGUAAAAUGCAGUUUUAUUACAAGAAAGAUGCAAAUGCCCACGUUGCAUCUUGUGAUGCAAAGACUGAGCUUGGAGAAAGCAUGGAUGAGAUGGAUGAAGUAGAGGAAAUGAUGGAUGAUACUGUAGAACAUGCUGAACUCUCUGAUAUUAUAAAAGGUGGUCAAAGAGACAGUUCAAAAAAAGGUGAAACAAAGCAAAUUGAAAUUGUCAUUUAUGGCAAUGCAAACACAGGAUCUGUUGUUCAGAACAUCAAGAAUGAAUGCAAGGAUCCAGUCAUUAUUUGGCCUGAAGACAUAGAUACACAGAAUAUGAAAUACCAUAAUGAUGCCCCAACAAGUAAAGAAACUGUUGUUAAAGAAGAAAACAGCCAGAACAACAAUGACUUAACAUUUAAAACUGAUGACAUGAUGAGUGAGCAAGAACAUCUUUUAAAGGAUGAUGGAAGUUUAGAGCUGAAUACUGGUGCAACAAAUGACAUUUUACACAUGGAUGGAGAUGAGAGCACAAUGAUAAUUAGAUAUAAUGAACCAUCCGAAGAAAAAAUCAGUUUGAAGAAUUUGAUGUGGAUGAAAUGAAGAGCUUGUUGACACAUUGGAUGAUUCUGUAGCAUUGAUGUAAAAUAAUAGUCAAACAAUCUAUUAAAAUUCAAGAUUUGAUUAAGCAUUGACAUACAUGUUAUACUGAAAUAAAUUUGCUAAACACCCAUAGAGAACAAAUUGGUUUAGAGAGUCUACUUCUAGCAGAGUUAAUAAUUCCUGUGUAGAAUAACACUAUUAAGCGUUUUGUGUUGUAUGUAAAUAAAAAUAGGCAACAGGCAAAAUGACAUGUAAAUAAUAGAAGUAAUAUAUAAUAUUUUUGCUGGAUUUUGAGAUGAACAAUAUUUGUGCAUACAUUUAAGAAUAGUAGAUGUUCAGAUGACUUUAAUAUUAAACUUUAUCUUGUAUAUCCAGUGUGUUUUUCACCAUUUGGAAAUGGGGCUUUGGAUUCUGAAAAAUUGGCGUCAUUUUGACUAAAAUGAGGAUCUUAAGUUAUUUUUGUUUGCUUUCAAAUACUAUGAUACCUGUAUUUAGAAUGAAAGUGUUUUAACGUGUUAUAAGGUUCAUUAUAUUUGGUAAGGUUCAAGUAUAAGUAUCUCCACUGCGUGUAUAACUUUAAGUAUUUAAUUCUGCAUAUUUACAUACUAUAUAUUUUUUGGUGAUGGAAGAAGAAGGUCUGUCAAUCAAUGUUUACAGCAGGCAGCAGAGUUGCUCCUCUUUCCCUCACCAGACCCUCUAGUGAUAGAUCUGGUUUAUGUUCUGUAAGUUACAUGUUUAAAAGAUUGUGCUCAUGAGUGAACUGAAGCCACAGAAAAAUGCAGCAUAAUAUUACAUUUUAUCUUGUAUCAUGUAUGUUCAUAUGUACCGCUAUGGCUUGGAACUUUUAGAAAGGAAUGACCAGUGCCAGUAUUUACGUACUAGUUUUUAGACUUCAGUCUAAAAAUACAGAAUAUUCUCAGGCUUUUUCUGCUCCAUUUUGGGAAUACACCACACUGGAAUUAUGGGAAUUUCGCGUCGUGAAAACCCCCAUUUUGGGAAAAAAAUUAUUCGCAAAAUUGGCUCAAUUGGGAAAAAUUAUCGCAUGUAAAUAGUGUUUCUUAUAUUUCAAAGAAGCCGUUAACUAGUAAAUAACGACUAUUUUGAUAACUUAUUAUUAAAAUUUUACAAAGUAUUAUGAACAUGUGAGAUAAGUGCAGGUUUUUUUGGAAAAAGGCCUGGCCUUUUUUGAGGUGAAAAAAAUUGUGCGAAGCGCCGGAUUGUGAGUAAAUUUAGGAAAGUCUUAAAUAAUCAUUAACAUAUUUUACAGUUUUUUAAACAAAUUCAAGGCAACAGAUAAUUUAAUUAUGCAACACUUUCUAUUUUCUACACCGGAUCAGGUUAACUUAUAUAUUUUACGGUAAAAAAAAUUUUAUUUUUUUUUGAAUUAGGAAUUUUUUUUUCAAUUGGGAAAAAAACAAACAGAUUUGCAUAGGGCGGAAAAAGCCUGAUUCUUAAAACUUGAAUAUACUGAAACUACUUGAAGUCAAGUCAAGUGAGGCAGUUAGCACCUUUAAUUGUAUGAUUAUUUGUUUAAAAAACUAUGUUACUGAUAUAAGCACCAUUUUAAGCCAGCCUCUAAGACUAUUUUUAUCUCUUCCCCCCCCCCCCCCCCCCCCCCCCCCCGCCAUAGGUAGAGGGACAUUGUUUUGGCGUGGUCUGUCCGUACUUCCGUCUGUCCAUCCAACACUGUCCGUAGACAUAUCUUGGAAGUGCUUUGGCGGAUUUCAUUGAAACUUGGUAUGAGUAUAUAUAUGGAUAAGAGGAUGAUGCACCCCAAAUGGCAUUGUACACCAUCUAUUAAUAACAGAGUUAUGGCCCUUUGUAUCUUGUAAAAAUGCUUUUUUGUGUCCAGAGCCAUAUUUUGGAAGUGCUUUGACAGAUUUCAUUGAAACUUGGUAUGAGUAUAUAUAUGGAUAAGAGGAUGAUGCAUGUUGGGAUUGUCCAUCCGUCCAGAAAACUUUUGUGUCCAGAAGUAUAUUGGCUGGGGAUGUCAAUUCAAUGAAUUUGCUUGUUAUUCUUAAGUCAAAGUCUUAAGUCUAAAAAUUGGUUAGUAUAUACUGGCCUAGAUAUAUUAGUGCAAGAUUAAGUAAGAGCUUACGACAGAAAACAGGCAAAAGGUCAAUUUUGUUGAGCCUACUUGCAGUAUAAUUGAUGAAACUGUCACAGUUGUUAAAUGUAAUUAACUAUGUGUAUGUGUUAAUAUCUGCUUCCGCUAAUUUCAAUAUUCAUAAUGCAAUUUCCAACUAACUUGUCGCAAAUGUUCAUAUGUCAACAUUGUUUUAAUCUUAGUGGUCAAAUUUCAAAUUUGGACAUAAAAAGUUAAACUGCCCUUUUCCAGCAUGUAAAUAAUUAUCAUUCAUUAUUCAAUUAAAAUAACUUGCAUACAUGUUCUCAUGAUAAAAAGGGCAUGUAAGAUCACCUGUGUCCCUAGCUCAGUUUUCAAAGGUAAAAUUUCAUUGGUCAAAUAUUAAGUUUGGUCAAAAUACAGCUGGUCUAGAUAUCGUCAUUAACUUGAUUCGAAUGUUCACCAUGUGUAGAUAACACAGUUUUGGCCCCGUGUCCUUUACUCAAAGGUACAUUUGUACAUUGGUCACAUACCCUAAUUUGGGUGAAACAAAUACAAAGUUAUUGUUAUUUUGAUUACCGCAGGAUUGUGUGCUUGAUGCUAUAAUCAUUAUUCCGUCACAAAGUGGGAAGUUUAAAGCAUGUGACUUGUUAAUCCAUACAUAUUCAUGUCCUAAAACUUUUGUUUUAAACUCCUCUUUAAAUACUGACUGGAUUUCCCUCAAAUGUUCACAGCCGAUCGCCUUUAAUUUGUAAAUGAUCUUAAAGAAACUUCUGCAACCUGUUUUGUCAGAAUUAUGGCUUCUUUUCUGUGUUUUUUUUCCACUAAAGAAUAUUAUUCCAGUCCUCUUUCUGUGUUUGCAACUACAUGUACUCUGUAAGGUCUUGACAGAUUGUGCCCAACCUUUCAUAGGUGAAUGACUUUUAUGUGCAGAUGAUCAUUAGGAAGGAAUUUACAUCGCGACAAAUUUUGUGACAUUUUUAUAUUACAUGUGUGCAUAAAACCUCUGAUGAACUGCCUAUUUGAUUAAACACAAACCUUCCCCGUCAUGUAGAGGUAAAGUAAUGAUUCUGGCUGCAACUUGUUUGUCACCAUUGUUGGCAGUAUACUGCCCCUUUGCCAUUGUUUUUUAACAUAUAUAUAUAUUAUCUCUGUAUAUACUUAAAACAUAAUAUAAACUCCUGUUUACCGAGAACUGCUUUGCAAAUUUUGAUCAAUUAUAUUAUACUUUCUCAUUGAACUUUAAUGUGAAGGUGGUGACCACAGCAAAGCAAAAAAAUAAGCUGCAUUAAAUUAUUGCAGAAUUAUUGCACUGCAUAAUUUUAGACUAUAUGAUUUAAGUUUUUGUAAAGAAAUUAAUUGUUUAUUUGACUUUUUUCUGUUUUUGUCCCCUACCAGUGAAACCGGAGGGGACUUAUGGGUUGCGCUCUGUCUGUUUGUUUGCCACACUUUUCAGGAUCCUGCGAUAACUUUAAAAGUUCUUCAUAUUUCUCAUGAUACUUGAAAACACUGACAGAUGGCAAUAUGGAGAUUAUGCACGUCCUUUCAUUUUGUUCUUAUGUCAAAAUUUCUGGUUGCUAUGGCAACAAAAAGACUAGAGAUGUUGCUGAAAAUUGUGGAGUUUCACUAUGGCAACAAAUAGACUAGAAUAUUGCUGAAAAUGGUGGAUCCUGCAAUAACUUUAGAAGUUCUUCAUUUUUUCAUGAAACUUCAAACAUGGACAGAUGGCAACAUGGAGAUUAUGCACGACAUUUCAUUUUGUUCCUACGUACAAGAAUUCUGGUUGCUAUGUCAACAAAUAGACUAGAAAUAUUGCUGAAAAUUGUGGAUUUUCACAGGUAGGGGACAUCAUUGCUUGGCAAAUCUUGUUGGAUUUGUGUUGGUCCAAAUUUGUAGUGGGGGCAUCAGUGCCUGUGACACAUUUAGUUUUUAUUUGUGAUUUACCGUUAUAAAAUUUGACUGGAAUAUUUUAAUCAUUUAUUGAAUGCCAUAUGUAUUUUAGCAGCUGUUGGUUAUAGGUUCGUUUAUGGCCAAUAAUUGUCGAUCUAAUUGUUUUAAAAAAUGUAAGCUUGAAAUGAUCCUCAUUUUGAUAAACUUAUUGAUAAAACUAUAAAAAAUAAUUAUGUUAAUGCUUUGGUUUCAUAUAACUAAAAGUUUGAAUUAUUAGUUUCUGUUGCUUCAAUUAUAAUGAAUGUUCGUGUGAAAGAAUUCCAUGUUGUUGACAAUAAAUAAAAGAACAUG